CAAAUCUCUCUUAGAAAUUGGAAAUGAGGAGAUUGUUACGGAGUCCCUUUUACUCACUCUGCUCUCGGUUCUCUCCUACCGAAUUAAUUUCGCCGUUCCCCGUUAAAAUUAAUCUCACUCAAGAAGUGAAGAAACCCCCACCAAAAUCCUUCCUAACCGUGUUUUCUCCUCCCCCCUACACAGCGGAAAUGAAGGACAUUGGGGUCCUGAUGACCUCCCCCAUGUACUCUUACCUCGAACAAGAACUCGAGAGUCGCUUCAACCUUCUUAAACCCUGGAACCAUUCUUCUUCAAUGGCUGAAUUCCUGAAGAACAACUCAGUUGACAUUAAAGCUGUGGUGGGUGACACCAAUAUUGGAGCGGAUGCACAGCUCAUAGAUUCUCUGCCGAAUUUGGAGAUUGUUGCGAGCUACAGUGUGGGCUUGGAUAAGAUUGAUUUGGAGAAGUGCAAAGAGAAGGGAAUUAGGGUCACUAACACCCCUGAUGUCUUGACGGAUGAUGUUGCAGAUUUGGCUAUUGGGUUGGCAAUAGCAGUUUUGAGAAGGGUUUGUGUUUGUGACGGGUUUGUGAGGAGUGGAAAGUGGGUCAAUGGUGAUUUCGGAUUGGCUACAAAGUUCAGUGGUAAAUCAGUGGGCAUUGUCGGGUUGGGCAGGAUUGGAUCAGCAAUAGCAAAAAGAGCUGAAGCCUUUGGCUGCCGAAUUAGUUAUCAUUCUAGAUCUAGGAAACCAAAUACAAAUUAUGCCUAUUACUCAAGCAUCAUUGACUUGGCUGCAAAUUCUCAAAUCCUUAUGGUUGCUUGUGCCUUGACAGAAGAAACCCACCACAUAAUUAAUUGCAAAGUCAUUAAUGCAUUAGGUCCCAAGGGUAUUCUCAUCAACAUUGGAAGAGGGGCACUUGUAGAUGAACCUGAGCUUGUUUCUGCUUUGCUUGAAGGUCGGUUAGGUGGAGCUGGACUUGAUGUGUUUGAACAUGAGCCUGAAGCACCUGAGCAACUGUUUAAGCUUGAUAAUGUGGUCCUGUUGCCUCAUGUUGGUACUGACACUGUGGAGACUAGCAGUGCAAUGGCAGACCUCGUGGUAAGAAACUUGGAGGCACACUUUAAAAAUGAACCCUUGUUAACUCCUGUUAUAUGAGUUUAUGCAGGACGGUGUCUAGUUGCAUUGACUCAUAAUUUUCUUGAACUGGAUGCUAUCAUGUCAGUUUAUACAACCAUUUUGUUGCUUCUAAUAAAAAGGAAUUUAACAUUAUCAUCGAUAUUCAUUUAUGGUUCAACAAAACAUUGAGCUGGAAAGUUAAUUCAUGGCUUCUUACCUAGUUAUAGCCUGUUGUUAAUCUAACUGAUUGAUCAGAAAUCCUUUGUUUGCAAUACAUUCUAUUUUGUCCA